GGCACCCGGCGGGCUCGGCUCGGCCGCCGCCGCCUUGUCGGGCUCCGGCGCGGGGGUCGCAGCGGCCGCCGCGCCGCCCUCCAGCUGCCGGCGUGAAGCGGCGGCGGGCCGAGACGAGCGUCGUGGUCGAGGCGGACACCCGGAGGGAGCCCCGCGCGCGCGGCCUCGCUUGUUGCUAUGGACAGCGCCAUCACCCUGUGGCAGUUCCUCCUGCAGCUCCUGCAGGAUCCUCAGCACAAAAACACCAUCUGCUGGACCUCCAACGACGGGGAGUUCAAGCUUCUACAGGCCGAAGAGGUCGCUCGUCUCUGGGGCAUUCGGAAGAACAAGCCCAACAUGAAUUACGAUAAGCUCAGCCGGGCCCUCCGAUACUACUAUGUGAAGAACAUCAUCAAGAAGGUGAACGGUCAGAAGUUCGUGUACAAGUUUGUCUCUUACCCGGAGAUUCUGAGCAUGGACCCCAUGACAGUGGGUCGGAUCGAGGGAGACUGCGAAGCCCUGAGCCUCGGUGAGGUCGGCAGCAGCUCCAGAGAGAUGGAGAACGGGGGCCGAGAGAAACCCCCCCAGCCCGGCGUCAAGACCUCGAGCCGCAAUGACUACAUACACUCGGGCUUAUAUUCCUCGUUUACUCUCAACUCUUUGAACUCCUCCAAUGUGAAGCUUUUCAAACCUGUAAAGAGUGAAAAUGCCGCCGAGCGGUUGGCAGAGAAAAAGUCUCAGGAGCCGGCACCUUCCGUCAUCAGAUUUGUCACCACCCCUCCCAAGAAGCCGCCCCCCGAGCCCGUGGCUGCCGCCCUUGCCACGGGCCCGAGUAUCUCCCCGUCGUCCACAGAAACCAUCCAAGCCUUGGAGACGUUGGCUUCCUCCAAACUGCCUUCUCUGGACGGCCCCGCCCCGGCCCCCAGGGCGCCCCCUGCCUUUCCCGCCCCGCUGCCCGUGUCCUCCAUUUCCCCUCUGCAGGAGCCAGCUAGGACCCCCUCCCCACCGCUGAGUUCCAAUCCGGACCUUGACACGGACAUGGAUUCCGUGGCCUCUCAGCCCAUGGAGCUCCCCGAGGACCUGUCCCUGGGGCCUGCCGAGCAGGAGUCAGCCUUGCCAGAGAAGGACAAAACAAACAGCUCCUCCAGAUCCAAGAAGCCCAAGGGCCUCGAGCUGGCGCCCACUCUGGUGAUCACCGGCAGUGACCCGAGCCCCCUGGGGAUCUUAAGCCCCUCUCUCCCGACUGCGUCUCUGACUCCAGCUCUCUUUUCACAGACGCCCAUCCUGCUGACCCCGAGCCCCCUGCUCUCCAGCAUCCACUUCUGGAGCACGCUCAGCCCUGUGGCCCCCCUGAGUCCCGCCAGGCUGCAAGGUGCUAAUACGCUUUUCCAGUUUCCUUCUGUGCUGAACAGUCACGGGCCAUUCACUCUUUCUGGCCUGGACGGACCUUCCACCCCCGGCCCAUUUUCCCCAGAUCUUCAGAAAACAUAACCUCUGCACUUGCGGACUGAGAGAACCAAGGACGAAGGAGACAGACAUCAGCGUGAUUACAGUGAAGUGAGCGAUUGAUCGUCCUGAAGUGCUGGGAACAAACCAUGGUGAUUUGGGGCUGUUCCUCCACUGAAAUGCCUUUUUAGGGUUCCCUUUGAGAAGAACUCGAGCUGAACUGUGUGUCAAGAUGCCUUAUUGGAGUCCAAACUCCAUUGCCCUCUUUAUCAACUUUUUUUUUUAAAUAUUUUUAGUUUUAUUUUAAUGUUUGGUGGGAUUAGCAGCUGUGCUUUGCAAGAGGAAUCAAGAACAAAGGUAUUCCUGCCUUAUCGGGACACUUUGCCUGGAAAAAAAAAAGAAAAACUACGCCUCAAGUAUAUUAUUUAAAGAUAGACUAGUUCAGUGAAAUUGGUUAUGUCUUCAGGACUAAGUAUACUCUGUUGAAUAACUAAAAGUGAGCUGUAUGUAAGCAAUAGAGGAAAAGGAAUCAUUCCAUUUAUACGGAGUAAGAGUGGAAUAGUGCCAUUUCUACUUGCUCCAAAAGCAGAAUGGGGGGAAGAGUCUACUGUUGUCAGCUGUAACAUAUGUAAGUCAUUCUGCAAAGCAACACCUUUUCUCGCUGAUUCAGGGUGGGGUGCCUAGCCCUGUGUGUAAUCUCGCCUCAAGCCUGUCCCUAGAGCAUGGGUCCGUUCCAUCACAGGAAGAUUAUUUAACGUGGGGUUUGGGACAGCGUUGGAGACAGCCCAGGGGCAUAGGGGACACAUCAGCAGAGAAAUGUCUGUUCUCCGGGUCCGUACAUUAACAGCAUGGUUCCGGGGAGGAUGGGGCUGGGUUUUGAAAAAAAUCGAGGCAUCUCAGAGGAGAAGAUGGAGCUGGAUAAUCUGAAAGAGCACGUGGGCCUUUCCCAGCCAGAAGGUCCCCAGUGUGAAUGACCCCCUUCCUUCUGUCCAUUUUACCCUGUUUUCUACUACUAUAUAUUUAUCUUCUUUGAAAUUGAAGCUUAUUAGAGGUUGUGAUACUCUCAGAGCUGUAAUUAGGAAGAUGAAAAGCAAAGUAAAGCAAAUUGUUCUAAUGAGGGAGAAGAGGUCCCGCGCUCGUGCCGGGUCGGAGUGUGCCCGUCGGUGGUGACACGCCAAGGGUUCGCCACUGCAUGACCGACCGCAUAGAAUCUUCCCAUCGGGUCAUCGGUGCCUGCGGCGGAGAUGUGUUCAUCCCCCCCAACCUGAAUGGAUGUAUUGAUCCUGGCACCACAUUGGGGUCUUGGGGAAGCUCGACUUGAAGGUCUGAGGUUGGAUUGCAUGCUGCCGUCAUGGCACCUCCAGCCCCGCCCAUUAAACUCGCCUUGUAACCCUGGAAACAGUUUGCACAGUUCAGUCACCGGAACUAAGUGGAAUGAGAGAAUAAGGACUUGAGGGCUGAAAAUGAUACUGAUAGAAACCAGCAUCUCCCAGCUGUUUAAUAUUUGCUUUAAUUUUGUUUAUAUAGAGAAGCUUGUACAUGAGCGAGACAUCUCUCUAGGGUUUUGGUAGCAGAGGGACAAUAUUCAGGGAACUGCUUUUAUACUCGUAGAUUAUAGUGACCUGUUACUAGGUUUUUUUUUUUUUUUUUGUGGUCAUCAGCCUAACGUUCUGUUUCUGAGAUGUGCAAUACUAGUGUUGAGAGGUAGUAUUGAAUAGCGAGGGGGAGCAGACCUAUUGAAUUUUCUUUAUCCCCUAUUGGAAUCGUUCGUUUGCAUGCCUCUUUGAAAUCAAAUCUCUCAGCAGCACUUUGGAAUUGUUCUAAGUUAAUUAGGUUAAUUAGCAUUUUGUACAUUAAGGAAAUGUUUUGGUGGCUUGAUUUAACUAGAUUCUUAACAUUUUGAAAGCACAAAAAGUAUUUAUCUUUUUUAAUUGAAGGAGAAAAGCCAUGGGUUUGUUUUUAUAAAUGAUACCUUUGAUAAUCAUCUCGACACAGGGGUGCCUGGGAACGGGGGUCCGAGUGACUUCCUCGGAGCUGGUCUUGGCGCCCACCGGCUGUCCGCUGGCUCUGUCCUUCCCCUUGAAGCCUCUGAGAGGUGAUGAUGAUUAUGUUCUCUUUGAGAUCAGCCAAUCUGGGGAAGUACUUGUUUCCCGUUUUAAAUGAAAGUUUACAACCCUAGCUCCAGUGUGUGAGGCAGACCAUUCUGUUUGUAAACUACCUCCCAGAAAAGUCUCCAUUUCAUCAUUUAAAAAAAAAAAAAAUCUACAGAGUUCUCAGCAGGAAAAGGUGACAUACACCCUUCAGAUCCAGAUUCCCUGCAAAGACUUUGCCGUGGGGCUCUGUGGCAGGAAUUUGUCACUUACCACUUGCCCACGAUGAAAAGGUGUUGAGCGGAAGUGACGUGAAUUCAGACGGGAGUGCAGAGUGAGCUCUGAAGGGCCUGCUCUGGUCACCGCCACUAUCCUCCGCUCUGGCCCCUGGCUGGAAAGUGCUUACCCGGGUUCUCUGAAUCCGUAGCAUCUUCUGCUUUCCGUGAUGGGAAUUCCUUUACGUCCGGUGGGACUUGAGAUCCCCCACUGUGGACUCAAGAAGGGAUCUGCCCCUGGUGUCUGUCCCCACUGGCUGCGCAGCUCUGCUGAAACCGUUGUUCUCAUUCACCUGCCGAUGUCUAAUCACAUGUCUGACUUCACCUUUUCUUGGUUUUUUUUUUUUUUUUUUUUUAACCAGUGCUUUUGUACGGCAUAUUCCUCAUGGCAGAGUUUUCACACAGGUGGAAGCAUUGAUAUUGAUUUUUUUUUUUUUAAGAAACAAAAGCAAAAGCUUGUACAUAAUGGAAGAAUCAUAAAACUGUUUUUAAAAGGGUUAGGCUAAGCUUCUUAGACUUCAGCUAUGAGCAUUUUCUUUCUCUUUUGAUGAGGAAAGUAAGUCAUGAGCCUAUAGACUUAAAGAGUACUGGAUAUUUCUUUAAAACUGGAAAAUCCCUUUGAAGGUUUAUACGCUGUUUGAGAAGAUGAAUGAAGGCAGGCCCGGCUGUUGAAUCUGUUUACCUGGCACGGCCCCUGUUCCUCCCCGCGUUGGCCUGCCGCUUCAGUCUGGGGCCGAUGACUCAGAGGCCUCCGGUGGGGAGCUGCCGCUGCCGGCUGUGCUCUCUCUCUGCGGUCCUUCACUUCUGUCGUCCCUGUCUCCGUCUGUGCCCCAGCCUCAGGUUUGAGAAGGCAGUUGUGUACGUUUCUAACGAGUCACCCCUCUUCGAGGCACUCACGGGCAUUUCAGAAAACAGACCUCUUUUGAACACAUCUGGAUCUUUUUGAGCAUAAAUUCUCUCUUUUUAACUUUUGCCUGGGUGUGCUGUUCUGUACAUAGUGAGGCAUCACAGUAGUGAUGCGGGGCGGCACGGAAAGCAGACGUUGAGAGUAGAAGUUCUUGUGUGUUUUUUUUCUUUCCCCACUUAGGUGGCGCACUCGCUCCAGCUAACCAGCACUGACUCGGGAUACCCAUGGCCUGAUUUGGGGGUCAAACUGUGGGCAGGGGGCUUUGGUUGUGACACAUGGAGAAAUCCUCUACAUAUUUGAUCUAAUUUCCAUGUAAAAUCUCUUAAGAGAUUUAAAAUUUUUCGGAAAAACUUGUUACCAGCUUUCUGAAGUUCCACGUGAAAUAGUUUUUCAUAAAUUGCUCAGUGACCAGCAUCACUUUUUUCCUAGAACUUCACACACUUAUCAUUGAUUGUGGUCUCUGCCCUCUUCAGAGUAGGUGUGAUUAAGUUUACUCUAAUUAUUAAUCUGCUUACAUACUUCCUAAAGCACAUUUGUAUUCUACCAAUGAAUUCAAAAUCAUUUCCGGUUUUAUCUUAAAUAUAUGAUAAUACUAAUCUCCAUUUUAUUGCCAUAUUAAUUUUUAGAUUUUUUUUUCCCCAUGUGUAACAUUUUGGCAUCUGAAAGAGUGUUUUUCCUUCUGGUUUUGUUCUGCCCCUCACUUCCCUUGGCACAACCGGAAGCCCAGGAUUGCCCCAGGGGCCGUUGUGUGAUGUGUGUGUGGGUGCAGGCUGGGGGAGGCAGUCGUCUCUCUGCUGGACUCUGGAUGAAUUGCCAAACCACCGGGAACUAAGCGGUGAAGAGAUUGCUCCCGACACAGUCUGUUUUGUGAGGGGAUGACCGAAUGUGUUAUUUCUGAGAUGGGCUGGAGGCGCGAAUGCUGCCGCUACAGAGCCCAGCCAUAACUGUCUUCAGCGGUUACCCGGCGCAGAGAUGGGGAGAGUAUUUUCUGGAUUUUUCUGUCUGGUUUGGAGUUAUCAGGGAAAUGCUUUGUUCCUGUGCUCUUGGCACUGCCCCGUUAGCCGUUCGCCCCCUGUGUGUCCGAGACCCUGCGCCCUCAAGCUGAAGGCUUAGUUUUAAAUGCGAGAAUCUGUGUGGGUGGGACUGGGUUAGGCAAGAGAGAAGGCGGUUUGACUUCAUUUCUCAUACUUGGUGGAACCUGCUAGCGGGAGAGUCAAGUUGGGGCCUGUGCGCAGCCAAUCUGGAGGGGCGGCGUUGCCAGUGCAGAUGGUCCUUCCGAAGCCGCCUUCUGCGAGCUCCUUUUCUGGGGGGAAAAUAUUGGGAUAGAUUGACCAAAAAUUAGGGUAAAUGAACCAGAAGACAGCCAUGCCUAGGGUACUGCCAUCACACUUAGCCACUCUAAGAGCUGGAAGUGGGCAUGGUUUGUGUGUAUAAGAGGGGGAAUGUUGGCUCUAAGCUUUUAUUUUUUUUUUUAAAUAGCAGCCAGGACUUUCAUGCUGUUGUUAGCAGUAUUUUAAAUGAAACAAUCAAACAUAGUAAGUCUCUUGGACUCUGUACUCUUUUUCAGUGUAGUCGUAUGAGGUUUAGAAUAUUACUUUUAAGUUUUGUUAGAGUUUUUCUUUCCAAGUCAUUCUGAUUUAUUGGCUGAGCACAUAUGUACUAACAAACUGAGGAUGUUUUUCUGUUCUUGUAUAAGUAAAUAUGUUUUUCCAAGGGAGCACACAGUACUCAUCCUUUAGGGUGGCUUACAGGCUGUUUUAUAUACUAAAAUUGAAAAAUAGGCUGCACUUUGCAGUUCUCACUUUUUAAGAAUCAGUACCUUGCACAUUUCAGCUUUUUUAAAGAUGUAGACUCAUAGGCCUUAAAGACAGAUUGCUUUGCCAACGUUUCAGAAAUACAGUGUGAUAUAUUAUAAACAGUCAUCUUAAACUAUUCUUUUUGUUCUAGCCUUUCAGCAAGUAAAGCUGUCCGUUCACAAAAUUUUCUUAUUUUUGCUUUUGUGAAAGUGCUUAUGUGGGUGCUAAGAUUUCCAGAGAGGAGGUCUACACUAGAAACAGCAUUCUAACAUACAGAUUCCACCAAGGAUUGAGACAAACAAUCGAGAAAUUCUGACACUGUAACUGUUUGUUCUCUUAAAUCACAUAUAAUAAGCAGAAACGUGAGAGUAUGUUGGGCUGGAUAUUCUCAACUCUGUCUUAUUUCCCAUCUCGUAAGAGACUCACUCUGGGUCCUGUCUCUUCCCAGGAUUAGGAGCCUGGGAUCCUCUGGACGGGGGUGGGUAGGGUGGGGGUGCCCAGUUUGGGGUCAGGGUUCUGGUUAGUGGCAUCAUUCAUGUAUGUCUCGAGUUCAGGAGCGGGAAGGCCAUAUGCUGGCAUGAAAUCACUUGGCACUUUGAGGGCACCAUUAUUAGCACUGUUUCGCGGGGAGCACAGCCAGCAGUGCUCGGGGGACCAUGUGGUGCUGGGGAUCAAAACCAGGGCUCUCAUAGGUAAAGCAUGCACUCCAGCCUUUUGAGCCAUCUCCCCAGUGUGCGUGCGUGCGUGCGUGCGUGCGUGCGUGUGUGUGUGUCUGUGUGUGUGGUGCUGGGAACUGAAUUUAGGGGCUCACACAUGCCAGGCAAGUGCUCUGACAGCCCCAGCAGCACUGUUUUGUUUUUAAUAACUGGAAGCACUUCAUGAUAAUUUUUUUGUUUGUUUAAUUUCAACUUAUGCUUAGUGAGGGUGAGGGAAAUUAAGUUUUCUUUCUUGUUUAUAUUUUCUGGAACUUAAGCCUUCGGCAAAGGGAUAAAAUGGAUUACUGACUAAGCCGUUCUCCCAGGCUCUGGUAAGGUAUGCUCUUUUGGCGAGGAUGUUCUUAAGUCAUUUGCAAGCUUUCAGUAUUGUGCUUUUUAAACCUAUAUGAGUUUCUAAAUGAUUUGUAGUUGAUGAAUUAACACUCAGCUUGUACACGGUUUCAGUUUAAGUUUCUGUUUAAUCAUUGUUACAGAUGUCUGUUAUGUGGGGGGACAUGGCCCCUUCUAAGACAUUUCAUGCAAUUUGCUUUUGAGGGCAGUAUUACCAAUGGCCUUUGUGUGUACAUUACAGUCAUUGCUUGUAUUGUAGAGCAGUCUGUCUUUUGAAUGACUCUGUCGGUAUUAGUGGACUGAGGUGCAUAUAUGUAGAGAUAGGGAAGAAGUGAGUGCAGUUAAUUUCUGGUUUGUCGAGGCCCUCUCAGGCCUGGCCUUUCGGUCUUCUCGAACCACACGCCUCUCCAGUUCUUCGCCUUUGCCUUCUCGCCCUUUCAUUUACCUUUGUGGGUCAGGAAGAUUAAAUGUAAACUCUAGUCCCGCCAUUGUGCUACGGGUUAGCCUUGGUUUGGUUAAACCAAAUUUUUGACUAAAACUAGGUUUCUAGAAUUAUGCCACUUACACGACAGAGAAUCAAAUUAGCGAAAAGAAAGUAUGACUUUGUGUUCUGAGAAAUGCACAGUUGGCUGGGAGCCCCAUGGGUCUUCACAUGUGGCACUGUUGAAAAUCGGGCCCCAGUUAACAGUGGAGGAUUUUCACCUACCAAGUCUAACUCGAAGAGCAGUGGCUUCCUCCUAAGCGUGGGCAGGUUACUCCGCUCCUGCCCGUGCCUUAGUUUGGGAGACUCGAGACCACCAGCGGCUUUUCCUCAAAGCCCCGUCACCUCGCUGGCAAAUCAGUGACCUCGUGGUUUAUUUUCCCUGACUUCAUGAAAUCUCUCCUUCUACUCCGCAUCCUUCACUUCUGUGUGCGUGGAAUACUCACAUGCAGGGCACAUGCACAGCCCCCCAGAGAAAGGAGUGACUGUUACAGUGUCGGUCCUCACUUAGCUUAAUUUCAGUGUAACUGAAAUUAUUAGGAAGAAUUCCGAGUACUUUAGAGUAUUAAAACCACUUUCCCCUUAUUUUCUUUUUCCUAAAAAAGCAAUUAUAAUUGUGCGUAAUUACUCUUAAGAAGAUAACCUUAAUUGUUAAUGCAACUCGUGAGAAACUGCCGUACCUUCCAGUUAAGCUGUGAGACUUAACUAUUGGGAUGCAAGAGGUGUUGGGAAAGGUUGAUUUGGAAAACUAAUUAGUGUCUUGAAUUUAUUUGUAUGUGGCAAAGAAACUACCGAGUUUAGAUGGGUGGGGAAGAGGAGGCGCUGGCACUUGGAGCGCUUUCUAAUAAACUGCUUUUAAAGAAAGACCUGCUUCGUGCAUUCCCAGACACAGUGGAGGGCUGUUCAGAGUUUGCAAUCAGUCUGAUCGUUUUUCUAUUGCUUCAAGUUUUUUUAUGCAGAAAUUCUUUUUAAAUUCUGCAGUGGUUAUAUGCACCUUUUAAGAAAGAUGAUGUGUUAAGAAAAACUUAUGUAAGAACUGACAGGAAUUUGCUUUGUAUAAUGGCAAGCUGGCUUUCAAAAGCACUAUAGCAAUUUACUAAAGUUUAAAACUAUAUAGAUAUGUUAAUAGAUAUAUGUGCAACUAGACAUGAACAAUUGUAUUUUUUUAAAUAAAUAUUUUUAACAAAGAGAA